AUGAACUACUGCAUGCCUGACAUGUAUGAGAUGCCUCAUGGCGUGGGCGGUGGCUACCCGAUGCAGGGCGGUGGGGAAUACUGCAUGUAUGGAGGUGAUGGUCCCGGGGGAUACUGUGAGCCCCAGCCCAUGCACCCCAUCCACCCUCCCUGCAUGGAGCAGGCUUGGCCCCCCAGCCAGCCGUACGCCUGCUCCUACCCAGGACCCAACCCUGUGUUCAAAAGUGAAUACUGCAACAUGGAAGUGCCUCUCGGCCAUUACCACCACCAGCCCGACUACUAUUCUGAGGGGAAGCCUGACUUCUCCCACAUGCAGUGGAUGCAAGAGGUCAACAAGAAAGGUAGGGAGUUAGGACUAGGGAGUAGUGCUUAUGGCAGUACAACCUUGAAGGUACUAGGGAUUAUUGUGAUGGCAUGACAAGCUGAAAGGUAGGGACUAACCCAGUGGCGUGAUGGGGUGACAGCCUGACAGCUUGUGUUGGAAUGCAGGUGUAGAGACAUGUGACAGGUGCACAAAUAUCUCCUGUUGAUUAAGGACUAAAUCUGACCUGAUAUUGUUGUAUUGUAUGUAGUGUGUAACGGUAUUUGAUGUAUGAUAGUCUCUAGUUUGGCUUGAACAGUGCUUUAUCUAGUUGCAAACCGUUGCAGUGUUGAACCUUGCUCGUAUGUGUAUAUAUAAUAUCGUAGUGACUCUUGGUACACUAUAAUCAUAGUGAUUCUGAUACUAUAUGGGUAUUAACACCUAAACGCUGAGUUCUGUGAGUUUAUCGGUUGGUAAGUCAAACCAUUAGCACAGUUUGUAGUUAUGUACGUUUAACUAUGUAUUCACUUUCAAACUAAGCCACCUCUUAAAGUUUAAAGGCAAAUUCAGGCCACCAACAUAUGGUUCCAUGGACUUUGAAAGACUUGUUGACAAACUUCUGAGUUGUCAGUAUGUCUCUGCAUUUGAUUGUCCUGAACAGUGUUCUUAGCGUCUGUCAUAAUGGUUUGCAAGUAAAUUCACGGGUGGAUAUUAAUUGUCUUGACGCCCUGAGCUCCUUCGCUCAGGCUUUAGUUUGGAUUAAUUAGAGUAAAUCCAAGUUGACCUAAGGUGUCAUACCAUGCCAGAACUGACCCGGAGCCAGAGGACCUGUUGCAUUUUGUGCUUUGUGUGUGUGUAUUGAUUGCUGGUGCAGGGAGCAAGCCUACAGACAGGGUAACAGAAGGCUGGAGCUUGCUGGUUGAUGACUUGGCCCUGACUCCCCUCGACUCGUAUUGAUCAUUUAUUGACCUCUGUCCCCACCCUCCUCCUCUCCUCCUACCCCCCUCCCCUCCCGCAGUCUGACGGCCCCCCUGCAUGCCACCCUGCUCGUGUGUCCGGGCUGGAUCACCUCUCUCAGUGGGCUGAGCCCCCAGCCUUGCCCUCACUGACCCUACCUUGUUAACUAUGCUUCUUGUUAAUGCUACAUGCUUUAGGCCCUUUUGGAGAACUUUGUGUUGAAAUGAAUGAUGUCAAUCUUAAACACAUCUGUUGGAAUUCACCUCUUUGUUUCUAAGUUUCUGUGUCUAAAAAGAUCAUUUUCAGUGGUCUGCUUGUGGUCAGACAGUAGUAAAUUAAUACUUUAUUGUCCCAUAGGGAAAUCUGUCUGGUAACAAUACAGGCAUUCCUGGCAUACAUAAUUGGUUGUUUCUGAAUGCUGUUUGUAUCCAACAUAAGUAUAAUGUCCCUGUUAACGGAUCGUCACUGGCCUAUAUAAUGUGUUUACGGUUGAUAUCUUUCUCUCUUGUUAGGGUACAUCCCCAGUUACCUGGACAAGGACGAGUUAUGUGUAGUAUGUGGGGACAAAGCUACAGGAUAUCACUAUCGCUGUAUCACCUGUGAAGGUUGCAAGGUAAUACAAACACUGGACAUAUGUAUUAAUAACAAAUGUAAUAAUACCAACACUUAACUCCUUGACAUGGUUUCAGCAGUAUCCAUCAAAAAGGAGAAAUUCAGUUGAUGGAAAGAGAUGAUAAUUUAAUUCAAUGAAAUAUUCCAUUACCACUACCACCACCAACCUGACAUUAGAGAGAUAUAAUUGUUUUGAUCAUUGUGUUCCGGAAAUUCCCUUUAAACAUUUAGUUGAUAUUUUUUCCCCAAAGGGUUUCUUCCGGCGGACGAUCCAGAAAAACCUGAACCCGACGUACGCGUGUAAGUACGAGGCGAAGUGCAUUAUCGAUAAGGUGACCAGGAACCAGUGCCAGGAAUGUCGCUUCAAGAAGUGCAUCGCUGUCGGCAUGGCAACAGACUGUAAGUAGUAUUCUGCUUAGUUUAGUUCCCCAGAAUAACUUUUAGAGAGGAUGUUCCCUCUUCUAGAGGGAGAUGUAUAAUACAUUUAUAAUAAUGUAGCGUUCAUAUUUAAUUGAGAGGACAUUCACUACCACCGCUAUGGUAGCUGGGAAAAAAACGGAUUAAACAGAUUAACUAACUAGAACUAGUUCUGAUUGCUCUACAAAUGUGUCUCAAUAUAUACGCUUCAAUAUACCUGAGAGAUCUGCUAACUGAACUUAAUGACCAUGCCUGGCCUGCCAGGUGGCUCAUCACGGAGAGCUGCUUAACCUACCUAUUUCAGAGUACAGAGAAAGGGAGAACUAAUGUCAUGACUCCUCAUAACAGGAAUAGACUGCCUCAUUCAUUACUCUUUACAAACACUCUAAAAAGCUAAUUCAUUCUUAGAUCCCCCAAAAAACAGUUUUAUUGUGCAAUUUCUAUCAUGCGUUCUCUGUUUUUACUUCUGUUAUCGAAUUUGUAUUAUUAUUUAUUUAUUGACAAAUAAUGUUUUUAAUGAUGGCUAUUAUCAGUGUAAAUAUCAGAGGCAGAGUGCAUAUGUUUGAAAUGGUAUAUUAUAUGUAUUGUAAAUUGUAUGGGGCCAUACUUGCGAACAUUAGAAAAUUGCAACUCCAAAUUCAAGGUUUACAUGUAUCCCUCUGGUGGCCGAGUUGACCUAUUUUAAGAACUGCCAUUGGUUUGUGGAGAAAGAGUUUAAGAUCUUUGAUAGGCUGAUAAGGAAUUUGUUACAGGAAAUAUUCACUGCCACCUGGUGAUGUUAGCAUAGGGCUAACAUGUGCCAGGUUAUCUGAUGGGAGCAGCUACAAUGUAGAGUUCUAUCACGUGACACUAUGUCAACGAUUUUAAUUGGCUGAUGCUUAAACUUAACCUUGAACUUAAACUUUUUAAAUGUUGUAGACUUACUCUCUUGCUUCUUUUUGCGCUUGAUCCCCUCCCUCUUAACCCCCUCUCCGUUCGUGACUCCUUGACCCUCCCUCGCCCUACCACUUCCCCCUUCCCCCUGAUCCCUAACACCUCACCCUCCUCCUCCUCCCCUCCUCUACCCCUUCCCAUCCUCUACACCCCCACCACUCCCUCCCAGUGGUGCUGGACGAUAGCAAGCGGCUCGCCAAGCGGAAGUUGAUUGAGGAGAACCGUGAGCGGCGGCGGAAGGAUGAGCUCCAGAAGACGGUGUGGGACCGGCCUGAGCCGUCCCAGGAGGAGUGGGACCUGAUUCGCAUGGUCACAGAGGCCCACAUGUCAACUAACGCCCAGGGCAACCACUGGAAACAGAAACGCAAGUUCUUGGUGAGACGUCUCCUCCGUGGCUGACAGCGUCUAACCAACCAUGUCUGUUCUGUGAAACAUUCCCAGAUCCCACAAAUCCUCUCUUGUCCCCUUCCCUACCUGCCAUCCCAUCCCCAACCCACCACUGUUUACAACGUUAAUAUGGCCAUGUUUUUUGUAUCUCCUUGUAGAAUGGGGAGAAUUAGCUGGAUGCUGGAGAAAGUGUGUUCCUCAACGCAGCAGACACUAACUUAAAACGGAACAAUCGAUUCCUGUUGUUUUCUUCUUUCUCUCUCCUUUAAAGCAGUGUUCUUUAAUAAUCUAACCAAAUACUAAAAACGAAUAACUGUUUAUUUCUAUCUCUCUCGCUUUCUCUCUCUUUCUCUCUCGCUGUGUGUAGAGUAGUACUUACAUUAUAAUUUCACUCCUCACAUUUAACCAAUUUAUUUUAUUUUCCAUAAAGUCUAAUCGUCCUCUGCAGAUUGAAGUCUGUUUCAGUUUCUUUGACUCUAUCCUGGAGUUUCCAUGUAGAGAUUACACAAGGCCUAAGACUAUAGACUGUUGAGUAGGCCACAUAUACAGAAUAGAAAGAUUGAAUUGUAAUUUGUUUUAUUUUAUUAUAAUUUAUUUUAUGUAUUUAUUUUGUAUUAGUAAUAGUUCCAGAGUUGGCUAAAUAGCAAAUUUUCAUCUGUAGUCCCUGUGCAGGCAUAUUAUUAUAUAGUAUUAUAUUAGUAUUAUAGUAUUAUUUUAUACUAUAUUAUCGUAAUGUAUAUCAGCUUUGAUAAACUCAAUUGUGAGCCUUGACAUACAACAGUAUAAUUUGUAUCCCCCCCCCAAAAGAAAAGUUUAUGAAAAUGUUUUACCUGAAUACCUAGAAUUAAAUAUACGUUUAUAAGUAUAAAACAAAUGCUUCAGCUUGAGCCUAAAUCUUGUCAUGGAAACUCCACUUUGCAUUUUGUGUACUACUCACCUGUUUUCUCUCUCUGCACUUACUUGUCUGUCAUCUACCUGUCCUCAGUUUAAACAUUUUUUUUUUUAGUUGGCUUGACACGGGUUCCUCAUUGAAACGUUCUUCACAAUCUCUGUUGAUUGUCCAACAGGUCGAGGAAGCAAUGCUACUUAAUGAAAUAACAUGUAAUUUAUUCUAUACUUCUGACCAGAGUGCAGUGGGGGUGAAGGAAACCAA